UAAAAAGUUACGCCUCGCGUUGGGUGUGCUUGCGCAAAUUGAACGACCUCUCAACUCUCAAGCCCUCACCCGAGAGCACCGCGAGCCCGUGAAACCCUAGCGCAUCCGUACGCCGCCGGCGAUGUCAGACUUCCCAUUUUAUCCAUACGGCGGCGGUGGCGCAGGCGACGAUCCGGCGGCGAGGUACUCGUCCUACGAAGUCGACCUCAUCGCGGCCCGCUACGCCGGCGACCGGUUUCCCUACCCAUCCGCCUCCGGUGCAUUCGACGCUCAUGUCGGCGCGAGGCGACCCUCCGAAGUUCUCUAUCAUCAGUAUAUUAUGGGAAGUCAUAGUACUAUGGGCCAGAGUGAGGCUUUAUAUUCUUCAAACAGUAUGGCCAAACGCCCUAGGGUUGAAAGCAGCCUUCCUAUUUAUCCACAACGACCUGGGGAAAAGGAUUGUGCCUUCUAUAUGAGGACCAGAACCUGUAUGUAUGGAGAAGGCUGCAAAUUUGACCAUCCACAGUGGGUUCCAGAGGGUGGGAUUCCAAAUUGGAAAGAGGCUCCGAAGGAUGAGGAAUCCUAUCCUGAACGACCAGGGGAACCAGAUUGUCCUUUUUUUAUGAAGACUAGGAGGUGUGGGUUUGCAUCUAAAUGCAAGUUCAAUCAUCCUAAGGAAAAGGUUAAUGUAACAGUGGCUGGAACAGGCAACAAAGGGUCACAAAUUUCCGAAAGUUCCAUCUCACCAGUGAAGCCUUCUGAGCCUUGUCCGUUUUUUCCAAAAGGGAAAUGCAAAUUUGGCACAAACUGUAAGUUCAGUCAUGCAAAGGAUAUCGAGGUCCCUUCAAGUGGACAUGAAUCCAAAAGUACAGCAACUGUUGAAGCAGCUGGUCACAAUAUUGCAGCCAGUGAUUCAGUUUCAGCAAAGAAGUUGACACCAGUUGCUCAGGAGCAUAACUCAAAGGGGAUGCCUAUAAGACCAGGCGAAGUUGAUUGCUCAUUUUAUAUCAAGACUGGCAGCUGCAUGUAUGGUUCGACAUGUAGGUUCAACCAUCCUGAACGACAUCAUCCAGUUUUGGAUUUUCCACUAGUGGCUCCACUGGGUCAAUCUAUUCUUCCUACUUCAUCUGUUGUCCCAGUUGAGAUGCUAAAUCGAGCUACCAAUUUCCUUCCAAACUUUGAUUUUCAUGCGACACAUGUGCCGAUUGAACCUGAGCCAAUAGCCUACCCUCAGAGGCCGGGAGAAACUGUUUGUGAUUUCUACAUGAAGACAGGAUUUUGUAAGUUUUCUGAAAAAUGCAAGUUUCAUCAUCCAGUUGAUCGCUCUGCAUCUGCUCCGGUUGCAAGCACGGAGCCCCGUCAGAAAUCAGUGACUCUUACUCUUGCUGGCCUUCCGAGGAGAGAGGAUGCGGAGGUCUGUUCCUUCUACAUGAAGACCGGCACAUGCAAAUUCGGCGUGCAAUGCAAGUUUGACCACCCACCCCCAGAGGAGGCUAUCGCCAAGGUGUCGAAGCAGGGAGCCGCGGAGGAAAAAGGUGGGAAGAAGGAGGCCGCAGGGCUGAGCUACGUCCUGGGAAACUAGACCAUGACAAGUUCCUCCUAUUUGUCGCCGUGCUGGUUUAUUUACCGUGUGAAGAAGACCUGCCUGCCGUUGGUUAACUAUGUUUCCUUGAUGAUGAUUGUUUUACCUGACCUUUCUGCUGUGAUAUAGCAGCAGCAGCAGCAGCAGCAGUACUCCAAGCCUGCAAUAGAUUACCGCCCGGUUGGAUAGUUAUCGCUGUUAUUGGAUUUGGUCGUGGCUUUACUGAUAAUUGGUUGGUUGAGCUUGCUUGUACUACUGGACAGUAGCAAUAGAUUUCUGUCAUGC